GGUGUUCUUGCAACAAAGAGAGAGUUUGUUUGACAGCAAUUUUAUUAGGAUUAAGGAAGCAACAACAUAUUGAAUAAAUAUCUAGGAAGGGCAUUAAUGUAAUUUCGGGGUACUGCGUUCAAAUUCAAAAUAGCCGUUGGAGAGCAUUCUCUGUCCAUUCUGCAUCUUUUUUCUAAAACAAUGGCGAUGGUGAGCGCAAGAACUGACUAUGAAGAGCUGAGAAAAGCGCAUAUAGGCGAGAAUCAGGCUCGAUUGGCUGCUCUAGGGCUUCAAAAUACCACAGCAGAUCUCCGGUCCUUGACUCCAUCGGCUAAAUCUGAUAGAACUCAUGUUAGGAAAUACAAAAAAAUUGAUUAUAGCUCGAUUCCUUUGCGCCGUUCUGCUCGAUUGGGAGGUAAAACGCCUCCGCUGCAAGAGAAAUUGAGCUAUUUCGAAGGCAGUGACACCAGGGGAAAUAGCAAUGCAAAAAGGCGUCUGUCGCUUGACGGACGAUGUGCAAGCAAGAGCAGAGGGAGUUUAUAUGAUCCUGUUUAUGGUAUUUGCUGCCAUUUCUGCAGGCAAAAGAAACUGUGUGGGGAAGAAGAUUGUAAACGCUGUGGUGAACUGGACAUGACUCAACCAUGUGCAGGCAAAACAGAGUGCUCAGUUUGCCAUUCCAGCAAUGGGGUUCUCUGUCGAGCUUGCCUAAAGGUUCGAUAUGGUGAAGAAAUGGAGGAGGUGAGAACAAAUAAAGAUUGGAUGUGUCCUCACUGUGUGGAAGACAAAGGACUCGACCCUUUCUGGAUAUGCAACAGUUCAUUAUGUCUGAAGAAACGAAAGAUGGUUCCAACUGGGAUUGCAAUAUUCAAGGCUAGAGAGAUGGGUUACAAAUCUGUGGCACAUCUACUGAAGGACGAGCUUCGACGUCGAAACUAGAAAGUUAUGAAGAGAAGUGAGGGGUUAAGAAAGAACCUUCUUUUAGUUCUACUCAGA